AUGACUUGGAGCAUAUUGAUGCUGAUCGCAUUGCGAGCUAAGAAUAAGGUUGGCUUUGUCACAGGAAAACACAAGAAACCUGAGGAAGACUCUCAGGAUUUUGAGCAAUGGCGGAAAGUCGACAGCAUGGUGAUUUCUUGGAUUCUUAACUUUAUUUUCAAAGAAAUUGUGGAGGUAUUUUUGUAUACCACGACUUCUCAUGAACUAUGGAAAGAGUUCGCUCAAUGCUUUGGAAGCAGCAAUGGACCUCAAAUCUACCAGAUCGUGAGAGAAAUCAGCUCAUUCCAACAAGGUAACAUGAAUAGCUACAUAGAAGAUUUGAAUGAAGUUGGAGAGGAGAGUUGA